AUGGUGCUUCAAAAACUUUUGAUUGAUCCCUAUUUGCAAUAUAUAAUAAAUAAUGCUAGAGGGGGCAAACGAGCGUACGGCUCACCUGAUGAACGUUUUAUUUAUCCAUGGACAAAAAGACUAGCGAAAACAGCUUGCCCUAGUCUUAACCUUGGUGCUGUUCAGGAAAAAGCUCAGCAAACUGAAACUACCACUGAUCAUGAACUUCCCGCUACCUGUGCUCUAGUUUCCGGAAAAAGUUCUGAUGCUCAGCAAACUGAAACUACCACCAAUCGUGAACACAGUCCUGAACUUCCCGCUACCUGUGCUCUACUUUCCGAUGAAACUAUUAUUCUGGAAAACAUAGCUACCAGUGAUUGUGAACCUUGUCCAGAACUUGUGGAAACCUAUGCACUUUCAGAUGAAAGUAAUUGUGACGCUGCAUCCGAUAAAGAAUGGGAGCACAACUACAGUAUAAUAACUAAACCACAACAUAUAAGAAAAGUAUUGCUUAUAGAUGGAACUAUUGUUGAGCGAUAUACAUCUAUCAGUAAUCUUGAACCUUGGCCUGCUGUUCCCGCUACCGCUGAUCCACUUUCAGAAGAAACGGUCAUCGAGCCACCCACAACGACCAGUGAUUUUGAUCCUGAUCUUGUUAUUCCCGCUGGCUUUGGUGCACUUUCAGAUGAAAAUAAUUUUGAUACUGCAUCUUCAGCAGUAUGGGGACACAAUUAUAGUGUAAAACCUAGACGGAGGCUCAAAAGAAAAGUAUUCCUUAAAGACGCUACCAAUAGAACAUCUGUACACAAAUGUUCACAAAUGAGAAUGCUUCAGGCAAAAAUUAAGAGUCUGGAGACCGAAGUGAAACGUUUACGCACAAAAUUAUCCAAGUGUCGAUGCCACAAGUGA